AUGGCGAUCGACAACUUCGUGUACAACGCUGAGCAUGGUGUUAUCAUCUGUCGGCAGUGUGAAACCUGCCUGGUUCCCAGAAAGACCAGCUGGGUCGGUCACCUCCGAAUUCGUCCACACCAUAUGAAAGGCGAACUCCUUGUUCGCACCAUCGAGCAUUUAUCUAGCUUUGGCCAUCUGAGCAGCAUCAACGACUUGCGCCAGCGUGCAGCGGCCAGACGCCGACAAAGACAGCCAUGUCGGCCACUCGACAGUAUUGCUCUCUACAAAGGCUACAUGUGCAUCUGUGCAGAGGCGUGCGAAUACAGGACACGACGACUCGACAAGGUCAGCAUCACAUCAGGGUUUCACGAAAGAAAAGCAGCAGCACUCUGA